CAAGGUUGCUCACCAUCUAUUCCCUGACCAUGUCCAGCAGCCACAUCUUCCUUUCUAGUCUCCCUGUGUCAGCACCAGAGAUCUCUGGGUAGUAAGCAUAAGCCUUUGGAACACAAGCCCUCCCUCCACUGUCCAGGACACUUUGACCACAACUGAGAAUCUUACUCCUGAUUGUUCCAGACAGCAGCCAAUUGGCCAAAUUAGUUUUGGUCUAUGUCUCCAUGACCCAAUUAGCAUUGUUAUGUCUCAGGGGCAUUUUCAGAGAAGAGGAUGAGUACUGAUCAUCCUUGGUGAUAUUUGCUGUCUGCUUCCACAACAUUUUCCUAAGUGAUACAAUCCAUUCAAAAGCACCAGGUGGCAUGGGUGGACACUCUGAAAAUAGAUCCCUUGCCCCUUGUUUACGACGAACUGCUGUUAGUGGAAUGUCUAGGAUUAGUGCUCAAUCUGUAAGCCCUUGUAAGUGUUCCUGAUGUUCCAUUUUCAACAGAGUGAGCAAACAGCAGUGAGUAGCCCUGGUAAGUGACCUGGGCUUGAGACUUAUUUUCCAUGUGUCUGCAUUUACAUUGUAUCCUACUACUUAGUUGUAAGUCAGACAUUUUCCCAGUUAUGGAAGAGAUACAAGUACACAUUUUAGUAUUCAAUCUACAUGAGAAAAAGUAAAUGUUGGUCAUGUUAAAGAGAAUAAUACUGUGGCAUAGCUGUGGUCCCCUGAGCAGAAUUCAGGAGUCAGUUAACUUUUCAACUCAGUUCAAGCAGUUCUCAUUGAAUUGUAACAUCAUCUCCAUCCUUUAGCUUGUAGUUAAUUUACUUGCCUGAUCAUAUUGCUAGUUAUAUUUUAGAACCUUAACGGGUUUUUCAAGUGUGUCUUGGUGCCUCACAAAAUAUAAUUCAUGAAUGUGUUCCUAAUCGUAUUGCUUUGACAUUGCCCUAGUUAUCCUCAUCUCACCUAUACACCCCUAACAAUGUAAUGCACAAGUUUUCUUUCAUUAUGGUAACUACAAAACUAUUUUCACAGUAAUGAAAAUACCAAUAACUUUGUCACAAGUUAUUUCUGCCAGUUUUUUUACUAUUAUUUUUUCUUUCUUGAUAUUUAAAUUACAAGUACAUGGACUCCAUUUUAUGCUUUGCAUUUUCUAUUUUGUAAGGUUUGUUUUAUAUUCUUGUAACAUAAUGUUAUGUGUUCCAUGGGGCCACCAGGUUGUUAACCUAGUAAAAUUUUAGUCUUCCAUGGGUCAUACCCCACUUUAUUGAGAUGUGCUUUAUUGAGCUUCAGAGGUGCACUCUCAUCAACUGGAAUACAAAUCCCUCAGACUGGAAAAAGAUUGUGUGCAACAGAGCAAAGUCUCAGAUUAUCGUCUGCAUUUUGUGAUCUUAAAGAAUUUUUAAAUUAUAGUAUGAACAUUUUCAUUUUUGGUCUAGUACUACUGGACGUUUCAUGCACUACAAUAUGCACUGAGGAGGAAAUAAUCAGUGUGACUGGCUUUAUUGGUAUAUUCUUGGUGGGCCUGGAAAUUUAAAUGCAAUUUCUGGACUGAAUUCUAGAAACUGUAUGUCUUUGAGGUCUUACAAAUGUAGUGCCUUGUUAGUUUAAAAAAAAAUGUAUAAUUUAAAUCGAGGCAUCUGAUCAAAUGAGUGAAGACUCCAGUCACCCUGCUGCCUGGGCAAAGCUAAGACUUUUGGCCGCAUCAGGAAGAGAUGCAAUACAUUAACUUCGCAAAGCCAGUGCAAUGCGGCUGUGUAGGUAGCGUUAGGGACUUGAACAACCUCCCCCAACCACAUCCAUCCUGAAGGAGCCACGUGUCAUGGGCCCAGAAUCAAAGGUCUGUAGGCGUACUAGGGACCCUCUCCUGAGAAAUGAUCUUCCCUGGAAGGCGAUACUGCGCACUUAUUCUCAAGGUCUUCUUGGUGUGUAAAUUUGCAAAUCCACUCCUGGAAUCGUUAGCGUAAUUCGGGAUGCCAUCCUGGAGUGUAAGAUCUCCAUUACCUAGAAGGCAGGUGGAAGAGCAGGACGAUGAGCCAAUAAAAACUCUGAAAUGCAUUUCCGGUUGGGUACUACUGUAGGGUGGGACUUUUGCCUUCCAUUGGCUGGUAUUUCCUGUUCUCUUAGAUUGCUCAUUAGAUGUUCAGCAUGUGAGGUGCGAAUAUCGAGUAGAAUAGGCGACAAAGUUGUAUUACCCGUAGUAGCUGUGAGACCGAGCAAAGCUGCGCAGGUGACCAGCACUUGAGACAAUCCAGGGACCCCCAUAGCAGGGAAAACCUUUUUGCUCGCUGUUCUAGUCCGGGUCUGCCCACAGAGUCUAAUGGCGGAGGGCAGGCUGAGACACCGAGUGCAGGUUGUUGUGACCUUUGAGGAUGUGGCUGUGUAUCUGUCCAGGACAGAGUGGUGCCUCCUUGAUGAGGCUCAGAGACGCCUGUACCUGGAUGUGAUGCUGGAGAACUUUGCUCAUGUAUCCUCACUGGGUUGCUGCUGUGGAGCAAAGGAUGUGGAGGCACCCACUGAAGAGAACAUUUGUGUACCAGUGUCACAGGCAAGGAAUGCCAAGACAGCUGUGUCUUCCCAGAAGAGCCACCCCUGUGAGAGUUGUGGGCCCGUGCUGAGAGACAUUUUUAACUUGGUGGAGCUUCAGGGAACACAACAGAGCCCACCACUGCUGAGGUGUGGGGCAUGUGCAAAACGAUUUUAUUUCAGUGCAAAGUGUCACCAACACUGGGAUGUACACAUGCGACAGAAACCCUUCAGGAGUAGUAUGGACAAGGCCUCAUUUGUGAAGAGCUGCAGAAUCCACAUGUCAGGGAAUCCCUUUACCUGUGACGUGGUUGAGAAGGACUUCCUGGCCAGCUCAGGACAUCAGCAGCAACAGGACACCCAUAAAGCACAGGAACCAAACAUAGGCACCCAGUGGGAAGCAACAUUACAAAGCAGAAAAAGUCAUUACACUUUGGAAGAAGGCAAGAAAGCCUUCAACCCCCAACACACACUUGUGGACCAGGGUGUUCAUACUGGGAGAGAGUGUUUUGUAUGCAAUGAAUGUGGAAAAACAUUCAGGUACAGAUCCUCAUUUGUUAUGCACUGCAGAGGCCACAAUGGAGAAAGUUUCCGUGUGUGUGGCCAAAAUGGAAAAUCCUUUAGUGAAACCUCAACCUUCCAUCGGCAUAAAAAAAAUCAUACCAGAGCAAGGCAGUACAAGUGCAGCAAAUGUGGAAAAUCCUUAAGCCUCAAAUCUGUCAUUCAUUCACGGAAACGGCACUAUGGACAAGCAAAUUACAUGUGCAGUGAAUGUGCACAAUCUUUUAGUCAUAGCUCAAUUUUUAAUCAAUAUCAGAGAGUUCGCACUGGAGAAAAGCCUUACAAGUGUAAUGACUGUGAAAAAUCUUUUACCUCUGUUGCUGCUCUCAGUUACCAUCAGAGAGUUCACACUGGAGAAAGGCCUUAUGGGUGUAGUGAAUGUGGGAAGUCUUUUAUCACUUUUAUUGCCCUUUGUUAUCAUCAGAAAGUUCACACUGGAGAAAGGCAUUAUGACUGCAGUGAGUGUGGGAAAUCUUUUAACAAUAGGUGGAAACUUGUUCGACACCAGAAAACUCAUACAGGAGAAAAGCCUUAUGUGUGCAGUAUAUGUGGCAAAUCUUUUACUAAUAGCUUUACCCUUAAGUAUCAUGAACAAGGCCACCUAGGAAAAAGGCCUUAUGAGUGCAGUGAAUGUCAGAAAUCCUUUACCACUAGCUCUGCCCUUCGAUAUCAUCAUAGUGUUCACUCGGGAAAAAGACCUUAUGAAUGCAGUGAAUGUGGGAAAUCUUUUAUCUCUCGAUCUACCUUCCAAUACCAUCUGAAAACACAUUCAGGAGAAAAGCCUUAUAAGUGCAGUGAAUGUGGGAAAUCUUUUACCAGGAACUAUGGUCUUCAUUGUCAUCAGAGUGUUCACACCGGAGAAAAGCCUUAUGAGUGCAGUGAAUGUGGGAAAUCUUUUACCAGGAUCAAUGGUCUUCAUUGUCAUCAGAGAAUUCACACUGGAGAAAGACCUUAUGAGUGCAGUGAAUGUGGGAAGUCUUUUACCACAAGCAGUAGCCUUGCAAAACAUCGGAGAGUUCAUCCUGGAGGAAGGCCAUUUGAGUGCAGUGAAUGUGAGAAAUCUUUUGCCAGUAGUGAUACCUUCUGUUCUCAUCAGACGGUUCACAAAAGAGAAAAGCCUUUUAAGUGCAAUCAGUGCGGAAAAUCUUUUUCCUCUGGUUCCACUCUCCGUUAUCAUCAGAGAGUUCACACAGGAGAAAGGCCUUAUGAGUGUAAUCAAUGUGGGAAAUUUUUUAUUUAUAGUUCCAAACUUCGUUAUCAUCAGCGACUUCACACUGGUGAAAGACCUUAUAAGUGCAGUGAAUGUGGAAAAUCUUUUAUCUAUAGUUCCAAACUUCGUUGUCAUCAGCGACUUCACACGGGAGAAAGGCCUUAUGAGUGCAGUGAAUGUGGGAAAUCUUUUAUCUAUAGUUCCCUAUUGCGUUAUCAUCAGCGAGUUCACACUGGUGAAAGGCCUUAUGAGUGCAGUGAAUGUGGGAAAACUUUUAUCUCUAGUUCCAAACUUCGUUAUCAUCAGAGAGUUCACACUAGGAAAAAGCCUUAAAUGUGUUGGAAAUGUUCAAUUUUCUGUUCACUGUAACAACCCUGGAGGAAGCUCUUUGAGGAGCCAUCUGUCUGAAAAGAAACUCUUAUAUCUGAAUAUGCACAGUGGGGUGAUUCCCCAGAAUUUUUGUUUAUCUGGGAAGUGUGUGCAGAUAUGUUGUAUUUUCUAACUUGCCCAUGUUUUCUGACUUGCUUUUCUGAGUUUUAUGUUACAGCUACAUUCUGUGGUUAUAGUCCUUUUACCUUUACCACAGUGUACAUCCACAGAGUUUACAUCAUUCAACACCCUAAUGUGCUCAGGGAAGCUGACCUCUGGUUUCAUGUAUCUGGUUGGAAAUAGAAAUGCCUGGAGCCCUUAGCAGGUCAAUUUCCCAUUAUGAAUAAUUUGGUCAUGGACCUCAGUCCAUGUGCUGGCCUGGAAAAUAUGAUUUCUGCACUCAGCUUGCACAGAAAUGACUACCUGUUUCAGGGAUGUGUUCAUCUCAUGUAAUACUUGUGAGGAGGUUUUUCACCUUCCAGAUCAUGAUCUUGGAAAGUGCCUGCUGCACAUUGCUUUGGCUUGUACAAUAAUCGAGGCCUUAAUCUUUUAAUUCUUUUUUAAUCUUGGUUAUUUUUAUUGUACAAGUUAGUUUAUAAACUGAUUUGAGCUCUGCAAGCAUGAGAAUGUGAACAACUUUUUUUUUUUUUAAUUUACUUUUUAGAGAAGGAAGGAAGGGGAAAUAAUGGGAGAAAAGUAUCAAUAGGAGAGAGAGACAUUGAUCAGUUGCCUUCUUGUAUGCACUCCAGACUGAACCCACAAUUCAAGCAUGUGCUCUGACCAAAAAAGGAAGCAGCAACCUUUCAAUUUGCAGCACAACAACCAACCAACUAAGACACACUGGUCAGAACGUGAGAUGAACACCUCUUUUUAAGGGUCUCUAACUUUCUCUGCUUGUGGAGUGACUAUGAUAGCAGAAAAUAACUUCCCUGUUUUGAUGAAAUUUGCAUGGCUGUCCACAAAUGUCUAGAAAGGACUGAAGGGCUUUCUGGUCCUCAUGUAGAUGCUAUGUACUUUAGGAGAGUCUUAGAGAUGACCCUGAGGAGAAGACAGGUAUGAGAACCUCAAGUACUUAUGAAAGGAGCAUAAUUUAUUUUUCCCCACAGCAGAUAUCACAGAUUAUACCACCACAGUUGAUGGUAUAUCUUUAGGUCUACAGAUAGUCACGUGCCCUGACAUCCAAAAUGUUCUGUGCUAGUUGUUGAAAGACUGGGUACAGGGACAACAAUAGUUAGUGCAGAAACAGUGGGCUAUUAGGGAUUGGAGGAGACUUCCACCAACUCGAUGGAAUGUGCAUCCAGAAGUGUUUCUGUGACUGUGACUGCGUGAUGAGUGUACACAGAUCUGAGGAACCCUAGGCAUGGUUAUCAUGUGUAGCUGAGGUCAUUGUCAGAAAAAAAUAAAAAUAAUCAAAAGACCUCCUGGGUUCCUGUACCCUGA